UGUCAAACACCAUCCAGUGUUCAUCACCCAUGUCUCCAAUGAAAUAACUUCUCCUCUCCCGGCUCCCAAUAAAACGCCAGCAAUGGCCCUCUCCUUUCAACUCCUGGACCUUUCUUUCCUCCUCACCCAAGGAACAUAAGAUACAGCUCUUGCCUCCACGAUAAGAUAAACCACCGAGACGGAAAGAGACAGCUAGAGAAAGCGAGCAAGGUAGUUUAAGGCUGAGAGGGGAAGAGCAGAGCAGAGAGAUGAUCUUGAGAGUAGAAGUGAUGGCUUCUUCUUCUUCUUCUUCUUCCUCGUCCUUCUUCCUCCUCUUGUUGGGUGUUGCGCUGUUCCUCUCCAAUGAGGCUACUGCUCUCCCAGAACUGCCCAACCUCACCACCCUCGCUUUUGAGGAAGGCUAUACACAGCUAUUUGGAGACUCCAAUCUCAUGCUUCAUCGCGAUGGCAGGAGCGUCCACCUCUCCCUCGACCGGCGGACCGGUGCUGGAUUUGCGUCACAAGACCUCUAUCGCCAUGGAUUCUUCAGUGCCUCCAUCAAACUGCCUGCAGAUUACGCUGCCGGAGUCGUUGUUGCCUUUUAUAUGUCGAACGGAGAUGUAUUCGAGAAGACACACGAUGAAUUGGAUUUCGAAUUCUUGGGGAAUAUAAGAGGCAGGGAGUGGAGGGUUCAGACAAAUGUUUAUGGGAACGGGAGCACCGCGGUUGGUAGGGAAGAGAGAUACGGGCUCUGGUUCGAUCCCACAGAGGACUACCAUCAGUACUCCAUACUGUGGAGCGGUGAAAGGAUCAUAUUUUACAUUGACGACAUCCCCAUCAGGGAGGUGGUGCGGACCCAAGCCAUGGGCGGGGACUUCCCCUCGAAGCCCAUGUCCCUCUAUGCCACCAUAUGGGAUGGCUCCACUUGGGCCACCUCGGGCGGCCGCUACAAGGUCAACUACAAAUAUGCCCCUUACGAAGCCGAGUUCGCCGACCUUGUGCUCCAUGGCUGCGCCGUCGAUCCGAUUGAACACAGAACCACCUGUCUGGGAUACGACGCCGCAGUCUACGAUUCCAUCACAAUGUCAGCAGAUCAACGGACGGCGAUGGACAAGUUCCGAAAGAAGCACAUCACCUACUCGUACUGUCAUGAUCGCGUUCGUUAUCCGACACCACCACCGGAGUGUAAUCUCGGUCCUGAAGCCGAGGAUUUCCUUGCAUCAGGCGAGGCAAAGUUGAGCUAUCGCCGCCGCCGCGGUAAGCGCUACGGCCGCAGCCCGGUGGACUCAGUUCUCUGAGUCCCAGUGGUUUGGAUAUCGAAUAAGUGGUUCAGGUACUGCGAGGGGAAUUUAUUUUUUGUGUACCAUCUACUCUACUAUUCUGGUGUUGUAUAGCAAAUUUGAAUUGACGUCGGAUAGAUUAGAUUCACAUUUGUUUAGGUGACAUGCAUAUGUAUAACCUAGUCUGUCCAAGCUUGUUUUGGAGUCUCGUCUUGCUCAACAGUGGUUCCCGCCCUUUCUAGUUUCC